AUGAAUGAACCGUCAACAUCUUCAUUUGAUUCUAAUAAACUUGAUGAAAAUAUGAUGGUAAUAUUAAUUUUUAAAUGAAUGUUUACUUAAAAAUGAAAAUUAUAUGAGAAUUGUGGGCAUAUUAUAUUUUUCAUCAAAUAAAUAUGUUUUUAAAUUAUUAUAAUUACUAUCAUUAAUAUUAUUAAUUUAGAACAAAUCUGAAGCUGUAUUAAUGGUUGCCAGUGAGGUCGCAAUUGAGGACACACCAUAUCAUACAUAUUUAAAACGUAACAUUCGACAACACUCCCAAGACCACACACCAAGUAAUUAAAGAGUUUAUAACAAACCAUACAACGAAAAUAUAAAAAAAUUACCAAUAUGCAAACCAUAAUCAAUGAUCUCACAAAAUCUUAUUGAUGAAGAGUCUAGUGUUUCACUUUUAGAAUCUUUUGGUAAGCAUCAAGAUCUUGUUAAUAAUUGGACAAAAAAAAAUUCCCAAAAAGUAUAGUCCUGCUAUUUGGCAAUUUGCUUUGUUUUUGCAUUUUUUUUCCUUAUGAAUAUGCCAGGGAUCAAUUUACUACAAUAUUAACACAUCCACACACACUUAGCAAAUGGUUAGUUAUUUAAAUUCUGAACCAGGAUUCACUAGUGAAUUGUUGAAACUUUUAAAACUGUAAGUGAGGAAUUCAUCAUAUCUUGUGUAAUUGGUGCAUUAAUAGGUGAAAUUGCUAUAUGCCAACAUCUAGCAUAUGAUAGAAGUACUAACAAAUAUUAUGGUCAAGUUGACAUGGAAAAUGGAAUAAAAGAUGCACUUUUUGAAACGAUGACCAGAGAACAUGUAUUGAAGUUGAAGGGUUUAAACUUGAACAAAAUUUAUUCCAGGCCUCUCUUUUAG